AUGCGCGCCGUGGACAUCGUGGGCGUGGCUGAGGCUGCCGGUUCGGGCGGCCUGGGGCGGAGCUUGCGGGCGGCCAAAGACUUCGCCGCCGGCGAGGAGGCCGAGGUGCUUCGGGUGCCCUUGCGCCUGGCCUUCCUCGAGGUGGAAGAUGCCCCGACCCAGCCGCGUUUGGCUGAGGGCCGCUUGCUGGACGCCCGGAGGGAUGGACCGCGGGAGAACGAAGACGAGCUGGCAGUCAGGUUGGCGGCCGGCCGCGGCGAAGCUUCCGUGCUGCGCCUGGACCUUCGAGUCGGUGUCUUUUGCCGAGCUACCAGGCACCGGCUGUUGCCAUCGCAGAUGCCGAACCAUCCGCUCUUCUACUCCGACGAGUCGAGUGAAACGCGCGUGCGCCUCGCUUGGGACUGGAGCUUCGCCGAGCGCCUGGUGGCGGGACACUUGCUGCGCUCGGCCUGGCACGAGGUUGCGCAGGGCUGGCAACGGCGGGAGAAGGCGGCGGCGCUGGGCGUCACGGAGCAGGAUGUGGACUUCCGCUGGGCCCACGCGGCGCUGCGGAGCCGCGGCCACGCGGUGCGCCUCCGCGACGAUGGCCUGGUCCCCGUGGCGGAUCUGCUGAACUGGGCUCCGAAGAGCCGCUGCAACGUGCGCUGCGGCACCCGGUACCUGGACACCUCCAAGGCCGGGCUGGACGGCUUCUUCGCCUGCACGGCGCUGGGUUCGGUGGACAGGGGCGCUGAGCUCUUUACGGAGUACAUCUCCAGCAGCGAGCGCCGCAACUCGAACCGCACGCGAGCGGGUGGCACAGGCGCGGUAUUUCUCCGGGAGUACGGCUUCGUGCCGGAGGACUCCGAGGCCCUGGGCUUCCUGGCGCCAAACUGCGGAGGCCGAGGCCUCGCCUGCGCCGCCGCGGCGGCCGAGGUAGCGGAGCUCGAGCGCCACUUCGGCGACGUGGAAGGCUUUCUGGCAGCGGGCCUCCAGAACUCCUCGCAGCUGGAGGAACUCGCGGAACGCGAGGCGGUGGCCCCGGCCUUGCGGCAGCUGGCGCGCCUCGAGGGCCGCGCCUUGCGCCGAGUGGCGAAGGAGCUGGCGCGGCGGGACGAGCCGCGGCGGCUCUACCGGAGGUGGCGAGGAGACCUGGCAGACCCGGGCCCGGCUGCCUUCCGGACUGCAGAGGCGCGGCGGCUCUGGCUUCUGCUGCGCGAUGCCGCGGCCUUCGAAACCGCGGCCUGGGAUGCGGCGGUGCAGGAGGCGGGGCGGCUGCUGCUGGAGCCCGAAACGUGGGACGAUCUUCUGGCCAUUGAGGUGCUGUCCAGCCACCACGACUUCUCGGCCGCCCUGGAGCUGCGCUGCCGCGCGCUCCGCCGCGCCGAGCUCGAGGCGCCCCCGGCGAAUCCGGGGCUGCGGUGCGCGCUGGCGGCGCAGGCGCUGCUGAACGACUUCGCUUGGCCCGCGAGCGAGAGCGAAGCUCUGCUCGCCGCGGAGUCCGCGGACGCCAGCGUGCGCGCGAUGUAUGUGCCGACCCACGCCAGUGAGCUUGAGGACCUGUGCCCUCGAGCAGCAGCGCUACAAGCGGAGCGUGACUGGGAGGUGGGCGAGUCCAUUCAAAGCUGCGCGGGGUCAUCCGCACAUGCAGAAUCCGUGGAGGAGCUCUACAGCAAGCAUCCCUACCCAUCCUGGCGGCGCUUUGCCUCAUCCCAGACGAGUCGCCCGAAGACGAGAGUUCGGAGUCUGCUGGCCGGGGUGGGCACCGGGAAAGCGAUCUUGGCGCACUUGGAGCACUUUGAGCCGGAGGAGAUCCUUGCGGUGGACCUCAGUGAGAGUUCCCUGCGCGUCGCCAAGCGGCAGCUUCUGGCGCUGGGCUUCGACCUUUCGAAGGUCUCUCUGCGGAAGUGCGACCUCUUCUCCCUCGAGGACAGCGAGCGCUUCGACGUGAUCGAGAGCGUGGGGGUGGUGCACCACCUCCCCGACCCGCGCGCGGGGCUGCGGAAGCUGCGGCAGCUGCUGGCAGUGGAAGGCACCCUGGUGCUGGGCCUCUACAGCCGCACCGCACGCCGCAGCGUGAACGUGGUCCGUGCCCUGGCGCAGGAGGCGGUGGCUGCUCGUGGUGCGGUGAGCGUUGCAGAGGUCGAGGCCGCCCGGAUGGGCGGCUAUUGGCGGAUGGUCUGA